AUGCGCGUUGACGUGAGCGUGCUGAGCCUGAGCGUGCUGAGCCUGGUGGUGCUGGGUCUUGGGCCUGGGGUUGCAGAGACUGCGGGUGCUGAGCCUGGGGGUACUGAGCCUGGGGGUGCUGUGCCUGAGGGUGCUGAGCCUGGAGGUCCUGAGCCUAGGGGUGUUGCGCCUGGGGGCGCUCUCUCUUCCCAGCAGCUGCGUGAGUGGUACUCUCGGUACUGUCGCCACCGUCGUGGUGCUGUGGACGUUGGAGGUGCUACUGGAGGUGGAGCUGAGGACGUCGGGCCUACUAGAUUUGGUGUAGCUGCUGACCCUGGGGUUGGCGCUGGAGGUGCUGGAGCCAUUGGUCCUGGAGGUGCUCGUACUGGCAGUACUAGAGCUGCCGGGACUGGGGGUGCUACUGGAGCUGCUAGAGCUGGUCCUGCUGGAGGUGCUGCUGGUGCUGCUGGAGGUACUGGAGCUGCUGGAGCUGCUGGUGGUGCUACUGGUACUAGGGCUGGUGGUGCGGCUGGUGCUGGUGCUGCUGGAGGUACUGGAGCUGCUGGAGGUUCUACUAGUGCUGGUCCUACUGGAGGUGCUGCUGGUGUUGCUGGAGGUACUGGAGCUGCUGGCGAUACUGAGGGAGUUGGAGCUGCUGCUGGAGGCUCUGGUGCUGUCUCUGCUGGUUCUGGGGGCACUUCACGGCCACAGCCGUACUUCGUUCCCCUCCUUCAGCAGGUUCUUGGUCAGUCGCCUCCUCCUUGUCCGGCUCCCUCCUUAGAGUGCCCUCCACCUGUCCAGUCGUUGUCACAGCUACCGCCUGCCUCGCCACUCCCAGGUCCUUCUCCCUACACUGGUCCGACAGGAGGUCUUACGGAGCGUCGUGAGCAUGAGUCUCGUCCUGCGUUGCCUGAGUCUCGUUCUGCGUCACCUAUUCGUGCUGCUCGCACUGGUCGUCGUGUCCCGCGUCAGCGUCCUCCUGCUGUCCCAGGCACUCACCAGAUGACGCUUCGUCCUUCCACUGCUCCACAGCGUGUCCCUCUGCCUUCUCCUCCUGUGUCCUCUCUUCCUGCCCUUGCUGACCCGGAGUCUGACUCUCUUCGUGCUGCUAGUCCUACUGUCACGCGUCUCCUGGCCUCUGCUGUCACUGACCCUUCUUUUGAGUCAGCUACUGCAUCUGCCUUAGUUGCUGAGCUUGUCAACUUUGCUACUCACUGUCGUCUAGACUAUGCUACGAGUCUUGUUGCUGAGUCUGAGUCUGAGUCUGUCUGUCCUCCGUCCGUCGGGGGUGAGUGUGCUCUUAGCACGGACGUCCUUGAGGAUAAGCCAGGAGGAGUUUGA